AUGGAACAAGAUCCUGGAUUCAUUGCUGCUGUGGAGGAGGCGACAAAGGGCGCUGCUGAGGGCGGUGUUCCUAUUGGUGCUUGCCUGGUCUCCAAGGAUGGCAAGAUCCUGGGACGUGGUCAUAAUAUGCGGGUGCAGAAAGGAAGUCCCGUCCUGCAUGCCGAGAUGUCCGCGCUUGAAAACUCCGGCCGUCUCCCCGCAUCGGCUUACGAGGGCGCCACUAUGUACACCACCCUGUCUCCCUGUGACAUGUGCACCGGAGCGUGCCUUCUCUACAAGAUUAACCGCGUGGUUAUCGGUGAGAACAUUAACUUCAUGGGUGGUGAGGAUCUACUGCGUAGCCGUGGCAAGGAGGUGGUCGUGCUGGAUAACGCUGAGUGCAAGCAUUUGAUGUCUACCUUUAUGAAGGAGAAGCCGGAGCUCUGGAACGAGGAUAUCGCCGUCUAA